CUUGCAACUCGGUACACUUCCAGCAGCAGAUCGCUCUCCUGUCUACUGUUUGCUUCGUUCUACAUCUCAGAGAACCAGAUCUUCACCCGACACAUCAAGAUGACUCACUGUGGAUCUGUGUGCAGUGUGCCUUGUGGCGUAGGCUCCUGCUAUGGUGGUGCAGGAUCCGUAGGGUCUUGUGGUGGUCUGGUCCCAGUCUAUGGAUCCGGCGCCCUCUCUGGCUUUGGUGGUGGGUUUGGCUACGGUGGUGGUUAUGGCUCCGUAGCUUGUAGCAGUCAGCUCCCAGGGUCAGAAGUUGUGAUACAGCCCCCUCCCUCUGUCGUGUCCAUCCCAGGACCAAUCCUGUCUUCAUCUUCUGAGCCUGUUGCUGUGGGCCAAAUCUCACCAUGUAGCUAUUCAGGUCUGGGAUAUUCUGGUGGCUAUGGAGGAUACGGCAGGCUAGGAUAUGGUUCAGGGUAUUGCGGCUAUGGAGGUUAUGGAGGUUACGGAGGCUACGGAGGUUAUGGAGGUUAUGGUGGUUAUGGUGGCUGGAGAAGAUAUGGCAGGAAAUGCCUUCCUUCCAAUUGUGGACCUUGUUAAAUGCUGAAACUUGCAACGGAUUUACACGGAAACAGAAACAAGACACCGAACUACAACUCUGAGCAUGUUUUGCUGAGAUUUCAGAAAUGCUGCUCACCAGACUUCCCCCCCUUUCAGCUCUGGAAGAAGAAAGCUAUACAGCAACACUGAAUGAUCAAGCAUGGUUACAUUCUUAUCCUGUUUCUCCUUGAUCUGCUCGUCUUUAAUUCAAAAGUUUUAAAAGAAGUUUUUAAAAAGUCACCAUCUUCCUUCUCAACAGUGUUGGCAAUGCUACUGCAAACUACCUCUUUGAGUGGGUGUGGGGAAAGACACACACAUCCUGCAUAUUUUUUUUCUGUGCAUGUUGUCGAUUGCCAUCAUAGAUGUAUAUUGUACGUAACAAUCUCAUACUGUUCCUCCACUGCUUCUCUGCCCAUCUCUCUUUUGGAAUAAAGCUUAAUGUUGCAUCAUCA